AGUUUCGUUUUGUUGUAAUUCCCCGCCUCUUGUUGAUCAACGCUACCAGGAAAUUACAGACGCUUGGCUUUCUUCUGAACGGGGACACGUUAGCUUUUGUCUCCAGGCUGAAGGAACAUGUUACAGACUGACAGCAUGUGGAGAUGCGUGUGCGCGCUCGUCCUGACCUUUCCUGCUUACUCCACAGCGGUGUCUGGAGUCCUCAACAGUCCCACAAACGUCCAGCUGACGUCGACAAACAUGGAUCUGGUUCUGAAGUGGGAUCCACCUGCAGGAGCCCCCAGGGACCUCGUCUACACAACUGAGUUAAUUUUAAGGAAGCCUCUUAUGGACUCCAAACCAGGCUGCGUGAACACCUCCGCUCUGCAAUGUGACCUGACCCACUUGGUUGUCAGCAUCUAUGGGAGGUACACCGGCAGGGUGAAGGCCCAGCUGGGUGCGCAGAGCUCAGCGUGGGCCAGCAGUGACGACUUUCUGCUGGACAAGCAGACCUCCAUCGGUCCUCCAAACGUCUCUCUGUAUUCAAAUGGAGCCAAACUGGAAGUCAGCAUUACAGAUCCGGUUUUUGUGCAUUCAAGCCUGAGAGAGAUCUACUAUUAUGCCACCUACAACAUCACCUACUGGAAGAAGGACAGGAUGAAAGAGCUCAAACACAUCAGUGGCUUACAGCAGAACCGAGUGGUUCUACACUCCCUGGAUCCUUCGACCGAGUACUGCGUCCAGGUCCAGAUCAUUGCCAGCACGGCCCAGAAACCGAGCACUCCCAGCAUCGUCCACUGCGCCAGAACCCCCAGCGAGAAAGAGCCCCCGUGGGUGGCAGUAGUGGUGGCGCUUUUCAUCUUGGCAGGAGUUUUGACUCUGGUUGUGUUUGUGGUGCGUCACUGGAGAAGCUUGUCCCACUUUCUUUGCCCAAAAUAUGCAAUUCCGGAGCACUUUAAGGAGUCUCUUCUGGCUCCACCCAAGUCCUCCUUGUACCUGGUGAUGCAGACCUCUCAGCCCGUGGAGGAAUUCAGUGACCAGAUCAGCGUUGUGAUGUGCAGCAGGACAGAGGAGGACGGCAGCAAAAAGCCUGCUGAGGAGAAGAGAUGAGAGCCGUUUGUCUCAGUCUGUUUGUUGUUGAGACGCUCUAUUCCCCGUAGAGGGUGCUACUGAGCAGCUACGUGCGUAAGCAGUUAGAAGUUUUUCCAAAAAAAAAAAAAAAAAGCUGCUGAGCUUGUAAAAAAAGAAAAAAACAAUGCUUCUGACAUGCAAACGGAAGGACACACGUUCUACAUUCUGCAUGAGGAGAAGAUCUUGAUGAAAGGCUUUUAUUGUUUUUGAUUAAGGCAGAAUUUUAAGCUAAAUUGCUACAGCUCUUAUGUUAAGAACGUUUUGUUAUUUUUUGGAAUACUUUUUGGGUAUUCAAUGUUUAUUUAAAUUGACUUGUGAAGAAGUCUGCAAACUGCGGUUCCUCUUAUUUUUUAAUGAAGCAUAAAAAAAUAAACCAUUUCUGAAGGUA